GUAUGCAUCUCCUUCCAGUACUACUCUUAAGCCUUGUGGGCUUGGUUUCAUCCCACACCCAAUAUCCUGACAUCUGCAUUGCUAAACCCAAAGACAUUCCUCUGAACCCCAUGUGCAUUAUCGAAAAGAAGGUAGAAGUGGAGGAACAAGAGGCGAAGGAGGCUGCUCCUCCAGAGAAGAUCCCAGAGAACACCAAUCCAAGGGUCUGGGAACUCUCAAAGGCCAAUUCCAUGUUUGCUAUGGACCUCUUCAAAAUUGUAGCUGACUCUAAGACCGAAUCAGAGAACCUCUUUAUGUCACCACUUAGCAUCUCCCAGGCCUUCACCAUGGCAAAGCUUGGGGCUUGUGAUAACACUUUAAAACAGCUUAUGGAGGUUUUCCACUUUGACCAAGUUUCUGAAAAGGCUUCUGACCAAAUCCAUUUCUUCUUUGCCAAACUGAACUGUCGACUAUACCGAAAAGCCAACAAGUCAUCAGAACUGGUUUCGACCAACCGUCUUUUUGGAGAAAAAUCUUUGACCUUCAAUCAGACAUAUCAAGACAUCAGCGAAGCAGUUUACGGAGCUAAAUUAUGGCCUCUCAACUUCAAGGAGAAAGCUGAACCUUCUCGUGAAAUCAUCAAUAAUUGGGUGGCCAAUAAAACAGAAAAUAAAAUCACUGAUGUGAUCCCAGAAGGUGCCAUCACAGAAGAUACCAUCCUGAUCUUGGUUAACGUCAUCUACUUCAAGGGCAUGUGGAAGUCAAAGUUUGACUCUAUCAAUACAGAUAAUGCAGACUUUCAUGUCCCAGGCAGACGUGAGCCCUGUGAGGUCCCAACCAUGUACCAGGAGAGCAAAUUCCUCUACGGUGCCUACAAGGAUGAUUCAGUCCAGGUUCUUGAAUUGCCUUACAAAGGUGAUGAUAUCUCAAUGGUGUUGGUUCUGCCAUCAGAAGGUACACCACUCGAAAAAGUGGAGCAGAUGCUGUCCUUGGAGAAGUUUUCAGACUGGUUGAACAAAGCUCAAGAAGUCCAGUUAUCUGUCUAUCUUCCCCGCUUCAGGAUUGAUGACAGUUUCAGUGUUAAAGAGAAAUUAGAGAAGUUGGGUCUGGUGGACCUGUUUGACCCACAUACGGCACGGCUGCCAGGAAUAGUUUCUGGUGGAAGAUCAGACUUGUACGUGUCAGACGCAUUUCACAAAGCAUUUUUAGAGGUCAAUGAAGAGGGCAGUGAGGCUGCAGCAGCCAGUGCCGUUUUGGUGGCUGGGCGCUCGUUUAACCCAAGGAGGAUCACAUUUAGAGCCAACAGACCCUUCCUGGUCUUAAUUCGAGAAGUUGCAAUCAAUGCUAUUAUAUUCAUGGGCCGUGUUUCCAAUCCUGGAUGUAAUUAAGAUUGUAGGAGGACCAUCGUGCAAACAACUUCCACAAUUCUGCCUUCUUAUAGGCACGCUAUCUCUUGUUUUCACUUGUUAACCUAAUGGAAAUAAUAUUUCACAUUAUAAUAAAAGUCAUCAUAGGCCUG